ACCACAACAAAGUUCACGCUGCGUUCAUUUCACUGUCGCUUGUGUUCAAAACAAACCAGCCGAACACGCACAAUCGGAUUUACGCGCACAAGGCAAGGGUGGAACUAAAAAAAGAUUUUAAAGUGCAAACUGCAUCGCCGCGUUCGUCAGAAAACGAACCAACCUUAUAAACUCAUUUAUAUUGCACAUUUUUCUUCCAUCUCUUCCGUGUGCGGUGCGCGCAAGAGUAGAACGCAAUUGAAAGCAAUCGGCACGCUGUCAACAGGCGCAGUGAAAACCCGGGAACCAGCCACACAAACCAUCGUCUUUGACAAGGGGGGUGUUCCGUGUUUCGAUUCACACACACACGCCACAUUUGAUAACUUUUUCUUCAUGUUCGCACUGCAGCACCGUUUCGCACGUCUCUACCCUUCGUGUUUGAGAUUAGCCAAAAUGAGUCAGGUCGGUGAAAUGGGCAGCGGUGCCGGUAAGGGAGGUGGCGGCGGUGGCUCGAUUCGCGAGGCCGGCGGAUCGUUCGGCAAGAUGGAAGCGGCCCACGAGGAGGAAUACUUCUACAAGCAGCAGCGCGAACAGCUGGCCAAACUCAAAACGACCACCGAUGGAGCAGCGGCAAGCUCCACCAAACCGGGCGGCCAGGAGCAGAAGUAGCGGGCGGCAAUUGUGUCCCCAAUAAGCGUUGUGCUACAUUAGCGCAGACUCUCUUACCUUUGUUCACCUUGCCGAAGCUAGCGACACCCGUCUGGUGCAGCAUGUGGCCGUAGAUCGACAGCUCCUCCAGCGUGGCGGAGAUUUCGUACGGCUCCCGGCGCCGGUACGGCUGAAUGUUGAAAUGCUCGAACAGGUUGCGCCAAUCGCCGUACACGGCAAAGUUUUUCUCAUCCAGUGCACUCUGAUCGAACAAUAUAUCCUUCUUGAUGGAACUGUA